UAUAGUAUAUUUAAGUAUAAGGUCCUUUUAUUUAGACUAACUAAUAAAUCUACUAUAUUUUUAAAAUUAAUAAAUAAAGUUUUUUAUAAAUAUUUUAAUAAAUUUAUAACUAUUUAUAUUAAUAAUAUUUUUAUUUAUAGUAACAAUAUUUUUAAGUAUUAG